CAGUGCCAGAGCAGAGAGGAGGGAUCAUCUGUCCCAGAAGCAGAGGGAUCCACCUGUCCCACAGAGGAAGGGGGCCCCCCCACCUGAUCCAUCUGGUUGCAGGGGGGGACCCUGCGAGGCCGGGAAGGCAACAGGGACUAUGCAGCUGGGACUGGUGGCACUGGCAAUGGUCUUCCUCAGCUCCAUGGGUCACAGCGAUGCUCUGAAGCUCUCUAAGGCGAGAAGGCAGAGACGGGUUAGUACUGAGGGGCCACCAUCUUGCCCCAAAGGCUGUGACAGAUGCUCUGAGUAUAACGGCUGCAUUAAAUGUAAGCCCAAGCUCUUCAUCUUCCUGGAGCGCAAUGACAUCCGUCAGAUAGGCGUGUGCCUCGCCUCCUGCCCCAUGGGAUACUUUGGCAUGAGGAACCCAGAAGGCAACAACAGAUGCACCCAAUGUAAAAUAGACAAUUGUGAAGCGUGUUUCAAUCGCAAUUUUUGCACAAAAUGUAAGGAGGGCUUGUAUUCACACAGUGGGCGAUGUUAUGUCAGCUGCCCUCCAGGCCAGCGCACCGUCAAUGAGACCAUGGAGUGUGUUGGUCAGCGUACUGGAGAUUGCGAACUGGGCGAGUGGAGUCAAUGGGGUUCCUGCAUGAAGAAGAAUAAAACAUGUGGAUUUAAAAAAGGCUCGCAGUCUAGGGUUCGUACACCCAUUCCACCAGUCCACAGCCCGGACACCUCCCCGGCCUUUGUACCCUCACAGACCUGUACUCCACAGACAGAGAAAAAAAAGUGUGUCGUGCCCAAGACACCCUGUGCGAAAGACAAGAAGGGUAAGGGGGACCGACAAGAUGAUGCAAACAGGAGAGAGAGGGAGAACGUGCGUGGACGAGUGCGAGAAGGCAAAGAUGGUGCAUUCAAGCUGGAAGCCUGA